AUGAGCGUCAAGAGUCUGAGAGAACUAAUCCAAAAUCCUGAAAUAUUGGUCUGCCCUGGUGUCUACGAUGGCAUCUCCGGCCGGAUCGCUUUGAACAAAGGAUUCAAGUGCCUGUAUAUGACAGGAGCAGGAACUGUCGCUUCAAGAUUGGGUAUGCCAGACAUUGGCGUAGCUGGACUAACGGACAUGCAUGCCAAUGCAUCUCUCAUUGCAAAUCUAAACCCUCAAGUUCCCGUAAUUGCUGAUGCUGACACUGGAUACGGCAAUGCUGUGAUGUGUGCAAGGACACUUACCAUGUACGCCAGAGCUGGCGUUGCUGGACUCCAUGUUGAGGACCAAGUUCAUGCCAAGCGCUGCGGCCACCUUGGUGGAAAGGAGCUUGUCUCUGAAGAAGAAUUUGUCAUGCGUAUCAGGGCCAUGGCCAUCGCACGUAAACAGAUCAAUUCCGACAUUGUCAUUAUUGCAAGAAGUGAUGCACUACAGUCGUUUGGAGUAGAUGACGCCAUUCAACGUUGCAAGUCUGCAGUCUCUGCUGGAGCUGAUGUGGCAUUUGUUGAAGGUAUCACUAGCAAGGAAGAAGCUAUCAAAGUUGUGGAAUCUCUUCAUCCUGUUCCCGUUCUGAUAAACUUGGUGACAAACGGUGUAACUCCCAACUGGACCACUUCAGAGGCUCAAAAAAUGGGAUUCAAAUUGUGCCUACAUCCCUGUGCUUCCAUCAUUCCGGCUUCUCUGGCCAUUGGGAAGGCUAUGGAUGAGCUUUUGCGUGAGGGUACUGACGCAUCCUCAUGUGAAGGAGUAAAUCCCAGAGAGUCCUUCAUGAAUAUGGGACUCUCUGAAGCAAUCAAAUUGGAUCGAAUGGUUGGAUCCACUACAUUUGAUAACGUUUAA